GUUUCUCUAAGCUUAUUCUCUCUCUAAUGGGUUAGGAGUUAAAACAAUGUUUUGCAUUCUUUUCAAUUUGCUAUCUUAUGGUGAAUUUCACCCAAUAAUAAUAAGAAACUUGUUGAAGUCUAGCAUGGGAAACAACCUUAACCGUGAAAGAGAAGGGCAUGGCUUGCCUAAAGUUUCAUCACUUGUUCAACAUAUAUCAUCAAAUGAAGUAGCCAACUUUGACACUGUUGACGUGAAAAAUCUCAGCUCAUCUUUCAAAGAAAAUGAAACAGUCUUAGCAGGAAGCCAAGGUGAUGAACAUGGGGCCAUAAAUCAUCAAAAUAAGCAUUCGGUGUCUAUAAACAUGCCAUUCUCUCGAGAAGAAGUUCAGCAAGAUAACACCAUAAGAGUUCUCUAUAGUGCCGAAACUACAGGCUCCAAACCACCAUUGCCAUCACAAUCAAUGCCAAAUGACAGUAUCAAUCUUACCAAUCAUGAAAGCACCGACAGCUUAAAGGAUAAGAGGCUUGAGUUUUUCGAAACAUGGUCCAGUAAACUUGAGGGACAAUUGUCAAUUCUACAUGGAAGGGUACCAAAACAAAAUGUAGAAGAGGAUAACAGCUUAGACAAAACUAAAAUGCCUUUAACUGUUGAUUUGUUCUUCAAAGCAUCGGAAGGUCCACAAUUACUAACUCCUAAGAAAUCUUCAGAAGAGAAGGUGCUACCUGAGGACAAGAAGUGGCCAUUUCUUCUUCGGUUUCCCGUUUCAUCUUUUGGUAUUUGUCUUGGAGUUAGCAGCCAAGCAAUUCUUUGGAAAACAUUGGCCGAGUCACCUUCCACUGAAUUUCUUCACAUAAGCCUUAGAAUAAAUUUUACCCUAUGGUUCAUCUCUAUUGCUCUUGUUGCCACUAUUUUCACCAUCUAUCUCUUCAAAAUAAUUCUCUAUUUUGAAGCAGUUCGUAGUGAGUACCAUCAUCCAGUUCGUGUUAACUUCUUCUUUGCCCCAUGGAUAUCUCUCUUGUUCUUAGCUCUUGGAGUUCCACCAUCACUUUCCAAAGACUUGCAUCAUGCAGUUUGGUAUGCUCUAAUGAUUCCAUUGUUCUGCCUUAAGCUCAAGAUAUAUGGACAGUGGAUGUUUGGGGGCCGAAGGAUGCUCUCAAAGGUGGCAAAUCCAACAAAUUUCCUAGCAAUUAUUGGAAAUUUUGUGGGGGCCUUGUUGGGAGCAUCUAUGGGCCUAAAAGAAGGGCCAAUUUUCUUCUUUGCUAUUGGGCUUGCUCACUACAUGGUGCUAUUUGUAACCCUCCACCAGAUGCUUCCAACAAAUAAAACCAUCCCAAAAGACCUCCAUCCAGUGUUCUUUCUUUUUGUGGCACCACCUAGUGUUGCUGCUACUGCAUGGGCCAAGAUUCAGGGUUCUUUCCAUUAUGAAUCACGGAUUUUCUAUUUCGUAGCCAUGUUCCUAUAUCUCUCGCUGGCUGUCCGGGUCAAUCUCUUCAGAGGAUUCAAAUUCUCACUUUCAUGGUGGGCCUACACCUUUCCAAUGACUGCUGCAGCAAUUGCAACCAUAGGCUACUCUAAUCAAGUGACAAAUGUUGUAACUCAAACUUUGAGUGUAAUAUUGAGUCUCAUUUCUACAUUCACAGUAACAUCAGUGCUUGUCUCGACAAUAUUGCAUGCCUUUGUCCUCCGAGACCUCUUUCCCAAUGACCUUGCCAUUGCCACUAGUGAGGGAAAGCAAAAACCACAUAGGAAAUGCUUCCCAUUAGGAUUUGGGAGCCAUGGUCAUGCCAAAAAGACUGAAAAUAACUUGAAGUCUGUGGACUCGGAUAGAAAGGAUUUUGUUUAGAAGCUUAUCCCACAACAGUAGACUCAAAUAAUUCAUCAUGUAUCUGAAUACUUAGAAGUCUCAAAUGAGUAAGAAAAUAAUGAGGCAACCAACAUCUUAAUGACCUUAAGUGGUUAGACAUGUGAGGGACAUGAGUGAAAGUUUUAGAUUUUUCUUGAGUAAACCCAUUCUAAUCCCUGACAUUGUAAAUGCUGAUUAUUUUAGCUCCUAAUGUUAAUAAAUUUUGAACAUAAUUUAGU